UCAAAAAGACCAAAAAAAAAAAGACUUUUGGACAGGACACAGGACACUACUCUGUGUUGGCACAGCAUGGUGGGUGGUGAGAGCAGAGGCUGGAGCACUCCCAAACUAUUCUAGGACAGAGGUUUUGGUCUUCAGCAGGAAGUAGGUUUCUCUUCCUAGGUAGUAUGGACAGCUGCAGCUUAGGACAGGCUGUGUGUGGGUGAGGAAGUACAAGGAGAAAGCGUCCCAGGUAUGGUGGGCACUUUGCUGAUAAAACUGGGCUCUGUUUCUCAGAUUUUGUGAUAAUGUGAUAUUUGUAGCUUCUUAAACUUUGUCAUUCAUUGCAGUUGCUCGUCCUACUGAUUUUGUAUUUAUACAUAUAACACAACACAAACAUGUACUUUUUUUUUCAGUUAUCAGAAUCAUACAAGCUUUAGGCCUAGACAUCCCUGCAUAUCUCCAGCAUUACUUCUGUGACCGAGCUCCUGCGAGAGGCACAGGAUUAUAGGCGUGUGCCACAGAUCUUUCCAAAUAGUAUUAUAAUCCACACACUAGGACAGUCACCCUACUGAUUCCUUAAGAGACUCACCAUAUGACGGUCCUGGCCCUGAGUGGUCAACAGUUCUUAGCUCCACAAUGAAGGACUUCCUGCCCUGUGCCUGCCUCGUGUGUCUGACUCACCCAACUCUUCAUUCACACUCUUCUGAUAGCUGAGGCCAGAGCAUGACACUGGACUGUCCUUGAGCUGUGAGAGAAGGCCCGGCUGAUGUUUGAGGGGGAGAUGGCAAGCUUGGAGGCUCUGCGCAGCACAGGCCUGCUGCGUGUGCCUCGGCCCAUAAAAGUGAUUGAUCUGCCGGGAGGCGGGGCCGCCUUCGUGAUGGAGCAUUUGAAGAUGAAGAGUUUGAGCAGCCAGGCAUCAAAGCUCGGGGAGCAGAUGGCUGAUUUGCACCUUUACAACCAGAAGCUCAGAGAGAAGCAGAAGGAGGAGGAGAACACUGUGGGCUGCCGAGCGGAGGGUGUUGUACCCCAGUAUGUGACUAAGUUCGGCUUCCACACCGUGACGUGCUGCGGCUUCAUCCAGCAGGUGAAUGACUGGCAGGAUGACUGGCCGACCUUCUUCACCAGGCAUCGGCUCCAAGCACAGCUGGACCUCAUCGAGAAGGACUAUGCUGACCGGGAGGCGAGAGAACUCUGGUCUAGGCUACAGGUGAAGAUUCCAGAUCUGUUCCGUGGCCUAGAGAUCGUGCCUGCCCUGCUCCAUGGGGACCUCUGGUCGGGAAACGUGGCCGAGAAUGACGAGGGGCCCAUAGUGUAUGACCCGGCUUGCUUCUACGGCCAUUCCGAGUUCGAACUGGCGAUCGCCCUGAUGUUUGGGGGGUUCCCCAGGUCUUUCUUCACUGCGUACCAUCAGAAGCUCCCCAAGGCCCCGGGCUUCGACCGGCGGCUGCUGCUGUACCAGCUCUUCAACUACCUGAACCACUGGAAUCACUUCGGGCGCGAGUACCGGAGCGCGUCCCUGGGGGCCAUGCGCAAGCUACUAGCCUAAUAAAGUCGCUGCGUGCCCCGUC